AUGCAGGAAUUCCAGCUUCCCCGAUCGGACCCAUCUGCACUCAUCAGAUCCAUGUGCAUUCAUCAGAUCCAUGUGCAUUCAUCAGUGCAGGCGCAAUCCGCCUCCAUGAAACUGAAUCCGAACGAGACGGGCAUUGCCCCUCGGAAAACUGCUGGCGACAACAAAGAAGCAAAAUGGAGUUCUCUCAUCUCUUCGUCCUCAUCUCUCGGUCCCAGCAACGCCCUUCGGAGUCCAAUAGCAUUUCGUCCGAACAGGUUCGCACACGCGCGUCCGCACCCAGAGGCCGACGCAGAUGCGGACGCGGACGCGGACGCAGAAGCAGAUCCGGACGCGGAUCCGCUCUACAGCGACCCACCGGGCGGGAGGCGGAAGAACAAAUACGGGACGAACCGGAAUAACGGAGAACGGACCGCGACCCAUUUCGGAGGGAUCGGACGUCGUCGAUGA